AUGUGUGACGAAGAAGUUGCGGCACUUGUUGUUGACAAUGGAUCCGGUAUGUGCAAAGCUGGCUUUGCCGGUGAUGAUGCACCAAGAGCUGUAUUCCCAUCUAUUGUUGGCCGACCAAGGCAUCAGGGAGUCAUGGUUGGUAUGGGUCAAAAAGACUCCUAUGUUGGUGAUGAAGCUCAGUCAAAACGUGGUAUCUUGACACUGAAAUAUCCAAUUGAGCAUGGUAUUGUCACCAACUGGGAUGAUAUGGAGAAAAUCUGGCAUCAUACUUUCUACAACGAAUUGCGUGUUGCUCCAGAAGAACAUCCAGUUCUGCUUACAGAGGCUCCACUUAAUCCUAAAGCAAACAGAGAAAAGAUGACUCAAAUCAUGUUUGAAACCUUCAAUACUCCAGCCAUGUAUGUGGCCAUUCAAGCCGUUCUUUCUCUGUAUGCUUCUGGUCGUACCACCGGCGUAGUACUUGACUCUGGUGAUGGCGUUACCCACACUGUUCCUAUCUAUGAAGGUUAUGCUUUACCUCACGCAAUUUUGCGUCUGGAUCUAGCUGGUAGGGAUCUAACUGACUACUUGAUGAAGAUCCUAACAGAACGUGGUUACUCGUUCACUACCACGGCUGAACGUGAAAUUGUUCGGGAUAUCAAGGAAAAGCUUUGCUAUGUUGCUCUUGACUUUGAACAAGAAAUGGCAACUGCUGCAUCAUCAUCCUCUCUAGAAAAGUCUUAUGAACUGCCUGAUGGUCAAGUAAUUACCGUUGGUAAUGAGAGAUUCCGUUGUCCGGAGGCUCUGUUUCAGCCUUCCUUCAUUGGGAUGGAAUCUGCUGGUAUUCAUGAAACAUCAUACAACAGCAUCAUGAAGUGUGAUAUUGAUAUCCGUAAAGACUUGUAUGCUAACACUGUCCUUUCUGGUGGGUCUACCAUGUAUCCGGGUAUUGCUGAUCGUAUGCAGAAAGAAAUCACUGCUUUGGCUCCAAGCACAAUGAAGAUCAAAAUAAUUGCUCCACCAGAACGAAAAUAUUCAGUAUGGAUUGGUGGCUCUAUUCUUGCUUCACUAUCUACCUUCCAACAGAUGUGGAUCUCAAAGCAGGAAUAUGAUGAAUCUGGACCAUCAAUUGUUCACCGCAAGUGCUUCUGA